AUGGGCAACACUCAAUCGAGCAAAGCCAAAGACGAGACCUACCGCUCCAACCGCCUUUCAAAGCCCCUGACGAAGAAGUUUAAUGCCAGUCAAAGUUCUCAACGCCCCGAAACAGACCCUCUAACGGUCAAUUCAGGGCUGAUAGGGUGGCAAAACCCUUGGGUUGGCAGCACUAUCUCCAAUACCCAUGUGGAAAAACGGGGCAGCUAUCCUAAGAAAGCAGAGAUCCCACCUACCCUUUUUGAAAGAGAGUCGUCCGAAGAGACCCCGACUGAGGGUCGAACCUUUGUAUAUGAACAGAGUCCCACGCAGUGUCAUCCAACCCGUCCAACUCUGUUGAGCGCAAGCUCUUCGAGAAGAACAUCAUACCAGUCGGAAACUUGGGAAUCAUCUUCUCAGCGCUCGCCUCUUUAUGACCAGCCACCAAGGCGGGCCAGUUCGACUCGAGUUCCCUUACAGAGACACAACAGCGCUGUCUAUGAAAAACAAAUUGGGGAUGCGACAUCUUCCAACACCCACUUCUUGGUUGGCAACCAACGGUUCUCAUUAACGCGUCGACGAUCGCUCCUGACGCGACCUGGGGUUGCCACAAGACGAACAACAGGCGCAACUCGACGCGUCCCAUCGCCCAUUGGAGAGCCUGAAUGCCCGAUCGAGGAUCCGACUGAGUCAACCGUUUUGCAAUGGCCAUUGCCUUUGACCCAGAGACCGCUGCGUCUGCCAUCCCCAGUGCGGCCGACGAGUCCGAUGGAUGCCCGAUAUACUCAGCUCGGGGCACUCAAAUUAGGGUCUUUGCGAGUGGUAAAUGGCUCGGCCUCCCCAUGUCCCAGCGAACGCAUUCCUUUGGAUGGGCCCUGCGCUUCAGGUUCUGGGCUGGGUCUUGGGAACAUAGAAGUCAUAGGACCUAGCAGGGGGUCGACGCUGGAUAUUCCAUCCUUGCCCGACUUGAAGAAAACGGACGAUGUCCCCGGCAGUCCAUUCUCUUUCGAAAAGUCCCCAACUCUCACAGUCCAGCCUCGGAAAAAAUCAUUGUUUCCUGGGGAUCCAGAAGAUGAAGGAAUUGUCCUCUUCGACGAUACGAGAAUCCAGUUGGAAAAAGGUGGUCUGGACGCUGGUCUUGUCCGGAGCAUGUCUCAAUCCCUCAACAAGUCCGACAGUGGCUACAGCUCUGCCACCUCAGUCCACUCCAUACAGCGGAGCCGGACUCACAGUUCUGCCGAGUCACAGACCUCUAGCUCAUAUGCGGACAGCUCAAAGAACGUAUGUAUCCUGAAAGACUCGGCUUCAGGUCGAUCAUUCGAUAAAGUGCAUCGUCCCUUGAGCCUGCAGACAAAACCGGAGAACUACUCAAGGCUGUAUCCAGCCGCUACUCGCUGGUACGACUCGAGCGACCCAACUCCCUCCGUUCCGUCACGAUCGCGUCGGUCAACCUUGUGUGCGCCCCGAUACACGGAAUAUUCUUCGCAGCGCGAAUCCUUCCUCGAAGUCAAGUCUACCGCCGUGAUCUCUGUUCCAUUCCAAAGCCAACGAGGCUUUAACAAAGGACCUUUCUAUGGAGAUCGAUUGUCCUUGGGCUCGUUUGAUCUUGCGUCUAGUACAAGGUCUACCGCAACUGGAGAAUCACAACUCAGUCACCAACAGCCAAGUAACGAAACCAAGGAGCGACUUCGCAGGUCGGCCUCUGAGUAUCAAAUUAAUGAAGAGUACAAUACACAACUCUCUCGAUCCAGAAGCCGACGGGGAAGUCGUAUCUGGAGCAAGAAACCAGGCGUUGAAGUUCCUCCGCUGCCCACUAUCACGUCCCCAGGUUACUUGCAGGAUGACCUUGACCUUGAUGCUGAAUUACCUUCCUCUGAGUCAAUGCGAGGCCGACCUCGAAGCCGGAGCAACGACUAUCGUCCUCGUCGGUUGACGAAGACCCGUCAUCAGAAGGAUUUGUGCAUAUGA